CGAAGGGCGUCAGUCCGGCCGACCCGAAUUUUCUGCCCCUUGCCCCCUCCCCUAAACCGACAAGGAUUCUCCCGGUCAUGUGUGAGCAUGAGGUCAGGGUUAGCGCUUACUGACAUGUACCAGUGUCAGCUCGGUUAGCGCUGUGGAAAAGCGAGUGCCGCUGGUAAUGGCUGAGCAUCGGGCGGCAGCGUGCUGCGGCGGCGACUUUCCGAGCAAGACUCUUUCGUGGGUUCGGCGCGAAGUCCACCGCAAUGAAGAGGCUCAUUAAGGCUUCACACAGGUAGCGAAGACGUGGUCGCUGCGUGGUACUGGACGCGUAUCUGAUACACGUCACUCCCACGCUCGCCAUCGCCGAGGACUUCCUUUCUGAAGUGAUGUACGGGCUUUGCUGCCCGGCACUGCGGGCUGGGGGCGGAGGACGGUCAUGGAUAUGGCUGGCCAUCGCUCUGUGGCUGGCGAGCGGCGCGGGCGGCGUCCGGACCAAUGUCGUGGCGGAGGUGCCGCAGCUGGACCUGGGACCGCUGGUGGUUGUGACGGUGGCGCUGGGAGACACGGCCAGAAUCCCUUGCCGCCACCCUCAGAACCCCGACGACACGGUCAACCUCGUGCUCUGGUACCUGAACCACACGUCCAGGCCCUUCCUCAGUUAUGAUGCCCGGGCGGAGAUAACUGCCUGCAUCACCUGCCAUUCGUUCUACCAACGUUGCAUUGCAGAGGAGGUGGACGGUAUCGAGAUGGAGGACGGGUCGGGGCGCGCCGUCGGGGGCCGGCCAUGCUUUGAUCUGGUUCUAAGGGCCUCCUUUCCUCCUCCUACAGGCGCCAGUAAAGUGGUAUCCUUCUCGUGGUUUCUGGACGGCGAGGAGCUGGACACUUCGUGGGCGUCGGCCGGCGAGGGCGUCGUGGUUAACCAGCUGAAGGUCGCAGGCGUGGAGCCGCGCCACCGCGACGCUCGCGUGACCUGUCGUCUAGUCACCGUGGACGAGGGUCAGGCCAACCACCUCGCCGCCAACAUCACGGACCGGACUGCCGUCAUCGCCAUGUUCUACGUCCCUGAUGCCAGGAUCAUCGCGGAGGGGGGGCGCGCUAUCGGAGGAGGGGGCCGGGAGCUGAAGGAGGGGGACGGGAUCACCUUCCUCUGCUCCAUCCACGCCGAUCCACCCGUCUACAACAUCACUUGGCUCCAUAAUGUGAGUAUCACUUUGCUUAAAUUUUGUUUAAAGUGAGGUCAUGUUCGGCAGAUACCAGUAAAUGAGUACUGAUAAAUUGCCACGGCGCAACGAACACAAAACACAAAACCGCCUAGUAAUUCCACUUAGAAAAUCACAUAUAAAUUCUCAUCAUGAAGCCAGUGAAUCCAGCCUCAGCCUUGACCUUAAAAUUUGAUCAUAUUCCUGAGCCCUGAGCAAUAUUAGUUAAACACUUCCCGUGAUAUCAUUUAUUAUUAAAGAAAUAUUGUCCUGGUUGUUUGUUUCCCUUUGGUCUGCCUCCAGAUGAUUUACUGCUUGCUUUCUU